AUGGAUCACCGCGGUUCUUUUUUCUUCUUUCUGGUAGUUUUCUACCUGCUUCUGAGCUCGCAGUCGCAUUCACCUCUGGUCUCUCAGGAUGAAGAGCACCAAAGAGAGCUUGUGAGGGAGCGGAACGCGCUUCACAUGUUGAAUGAGUCUAAGUAUGGCGACUUCGAUCCGGGGACCGACCGAUGGCUCCCAUUUUCGGGUGUCAGAAAGAACGAUAGCUAUGCUUGGGAUCUUCUGCCAGAUGUUCAGGAUAGAGCUCGGUUUCAGCUGCGGUCCACCAUGGCAGAGGCGGGCUUGAGGCCUCCCAAGGCCCUUGCCGUGCCUGACGCUUUCUCCGGUCUUAACUUGACCCAAUUACUCCUCCCAGUCUAUCGUAAUGCGACCGGUAAGCUGCGCGGAGAAUGGGUACGCCACAAACAGAACAAACAACAUGCCCUGUUGAACACGACUGCAAUUGCACUGGAGAACGAAUACUUCACGCAUGAGUUCAGUCACAAUGUUACGGGGGAUAGUGGCACUUUCUACCUUGAUCUCCGGGAGGGCGGUGGUGAGGAAGUCCAAUUGCCCGAGGGCCAGGUUCGGGAGAUCCGAGCAACUUUGGCUGUGGAGAGCGGCGAUUUCUGGGGUAACACCUGGUAUCUGUCGCUGUAUGGUGUUCAUUUCCCGGAGACGGGCGCUAUCAUCUUGACUACAACCAGCGAGAAAUUUGGUGGCGUAUUCGCAUUACCGCAUCUGAUGAUGUCGCCAGACGCAUACAACCUCACCCACCAGCUUCUCGUCAAAUCCCUCUCGGACACUAUAUCUGAGAAGCAGAAUCGGCCUCCUACCCUAUUUCCUUGGUCCUCACUUGUCGGGACGGAGCAGGUGGAAUACCCUGCUCCAAAAUGUGAACAUAUCGUCUACCUCCAGCUGCAUCCCGUCGCGAUCCAUGGCUACCUUACAGAUAAAACGAUCAUCGAGCAGAUAGAACAAGAGCUGAGAUAUCCAAUGGGAGCCCCCAUUCCGUCUCCUCCGCCCCUAGUCAUGUCAGCCGUCGUGUUCUCGCCUGAUUGUGGAUACAUUCUAGAGACUAAGGGAGCUCCUGACUUCCCACCGACAGAAGCACUCUAUCUAUCGGGGCCGAAAAUGGAGGAAUUUGGCAAAUUCUCUGCUCGCAUCAUCUUUAUGAUCUCGGCCUUUUCCGUUGGCCAGAUCGCUUUACUGUUACGUCAAAUCAAAGAAGCAUCCACGCCAUCUACUAGGAGCCGGAUCAGCUUCUACACGAUCGCGCUCAUGGCGUUCGGCGAUUCAUUCGUACUUGUUUUCAUGCUACUGGAGCUUUAUCCGGCCGUUUCCUUCCUUGUUAUGACAACAGCAUCCUUCUUGACCUUCCUCUCGGUCAGUUAUAUCGGGAUGAAAUUCAUGAUGGAAAUCUGGGCAGUCCAGGCCCCGGAGCGAAGAGAACAAGAACGUCGACCGAAUCCUACUACGCGAUCAGGGAACCUUCCACUCCCUGCUACUACGACUCGAGUCACCGAUACUGGCGCAACGCCUAUCAUUUUGACCCCCGAUCAGGAUCCGCCAUCAGAGGAAAACGAACCUCCUGCGAAUCGGGGCGCCACGCCGACUGCGCAGGAUACACGAGGUGAUGUCGGUGCCAUGUACGCCCGGUUUUACUUUAUCUUGUUUGUCCUCCUCAUCAUAUCUGUCUGGUCUUUCAUUUGGCCAAACCGCAUGGGAGCCAUAUAUGCUCGAACCCUCGGAUUUAUAUAUCUAUCCUUCUGGGUACCCCAGAUAUAUCGAAAUGUUAUGCGCAAUUGCCGCAAAGCUCUGCGCUGGGAAUUUGUGGUUGGCCAAAGUUUCCUUCGACUCUUUCCAUUCAUCUACUUUUUGACUGCACGCGGGAAUGUGCUUUUCAUUCGACCCGACUCGACCACAGCCCUGGCACUGGCUGGCUGGGUGUGGGUUCAGGUCUGGGUAUUGGCUAGCCAGGACAUUCUGGGACCUCGCUUCUUUGUUCCUAGUGGGUGGGCGCCACCCGCCUAUGAUUAUCACCCCGUGCUACGCGAUAGCUCUGGAUCCGGCGAUGAUCUUGAGUCUGGCGGAGUCCUUCCAAUCGGGGCCUUGAGGGCUGACGAGCGGGAAUACUCCAUGGAGGCCAAAGAUGAAGAUAAGCAGCGGGCGAAAGAUAAGAAGAAGGCAGUAUUUGAUUGUGCCAUCUGUAUGCAAGAAAUCGAGGUUCCCGUCCUUGCAGCUCCGGGCGGUGCUGGCAGUAGCAGCAUGACGGACGGGGCCACGAGUCUCCUCAGUCGACGGACAUACAUGGUCACCCCAUGUCGGCAUAUCUUCCAUAGUACCUGUCUCGAGAGCUGGAUGCGACUUCGAUUGCAGUGCCCAAUUUGCCGAGAGUCUAUUCCACCAGUUUAG